AUGCCCACGAAGAGAACACCAGUGAAAAACGACAGUGCUACUGCAGAAGUUGCUAGCAGCAUCGAAGCUUUGUCUGCGCUCCGCGGUGCAGCGCAAGGAAAAAUAACAAGGAUCAUGCAUCUCCUUCAACAAGCAGAAGUGGAGCAAAAGGAAAUUUCCAGUCAACAAGUCAAAGUGUGGAUGAAACGAGUUGAAGCAGCGAAUAACGACUUUGACGGUUAUCAUCAGCAAAUAGUGAGUGGAAGUCCAGCGUCGGAGCAAGAAGAAAUUGAUAAUCGUUAUGUGCAGUUUGAGGAAAUAUACAACGAAGUGACAGUGAAAUUAGAAAUGUUGCUAGAGCGACAAACACAACCAGCUGCUUCACAACCCAUUAUGAAUCCGCCGCCAUUAGUGAUUCAGCAAUCGCUUCCACGUGUCAUACCAACAUUCGACGGCAGAUAUGAGCACUGGGAGAAGUUUAAAAUAAUGUUCCGAGAUGUAGUGGAUCGAAGCAAUGAGCCUCCUCGCAUCAAGCUGUAUCAUCUAGAGAAGGCUCUAGUGGGAGAAGCUGCCAAAUUGAUUGACGCCAGGACGCUAAACGAAGGAAACUACGACAGAGCCUGGCAACUGCUAGAGGAGAGAUACGAGAACAAGCGGCGAUUGAUCGAUUUGCAUAUUCGCGGGUUGUUAAGCAUGCAAAAAAUAGUGAAAGAAAAUUACAAUGAGCUGCAAAAAUUAGUUGAAACUUUCAGCAACCAUGUAGAGAAUUUAAAGUUCCUUGGACAGGAUUUUACUGGUGUUUCAGAGCAAAUUGCUGUUUAUCUGUUAGCACAAUCCAUUGAUGACGAGACGAAGAAACUUUGGGAGGCGACCAUACGGCGAGGUGAACUACCAAAUUUCGACCUAACUGUCCAAUUCCUGAAAGAACGGGUGUCAAUUUUGGAGAGAUGCCAGACAACCAACGAAGUGGCAUCCAAACAUCAGCGUGCGUCUUCUAAACCAUCCUGGGGAGGACAAUCGAUUCAGCGAUCCAACGCAGCAAUCGCGCCUGCAGUGCAACAAAGUCAAUGUGAUUUCUGCAGUAACAGCCACCCAUCUUACAAGUGUCCGGAAUUCUGCAGUUCAUCAUUGGAUCAACGUCUGCUGAAGGUGAAGGAGAGAAACUGCUGUUUCAACUGUCUACGUCGAGGUCAUCGAGUACUAGAGUGCCCAUCGAAACGAACGUGCUUCAAGUGCCAACGGAAGCAUCACACCUUGCUUCAUAACGAUGAAGCUGUACAAAACAGCAAUGUCGAAAAGAGGCAACUUUCCCAAACCAGUGUCGCAGUGGAGUCAACAACAACCUUUGAAGAAAAUGCUGCAGUCCAGUCCACAGUAACAUCAGCCCUUUCUAAUACACGGUCGAACCCAAUCAGCCAAGUGGUGUUGUACACUGCUUUAGUCAAAGUUUUAGAUAGAGAUCAGCAAAUACAUCAAUGCCGUGCCCUGUUGGAUUGUGGCUCUCAGCUGGAAUCGGCAAUGUGA